AAAAUUAAGAUGGCGGUUAUGGGUUGUCGAAUGACUUUGUGAUUUCUAAGAUUAUUGUAGCUUAUAAAAAAUGGGUCAAAAUCAAUCAGGUCCAUGUGGAACUGGUGGAGACAAGAAAGAUGAUAAAGACAAAAAGAAGAAAUAUGAACCCCCAGUUCCAACAAGAGUUGGAAAGAAAAAGCGGAGGACAAAAGGGCCAGAUGCAGCUUUAAAGUUGCCUCAAGUCACUCCUCAUACAAGAUGUAGAUUGAAGCUUUUAAAGCUUGACCGUAUUAAAGAUUAUCUAUUAAUGGAGGAGGAGUUCAUUAGGAAUCAAGAGCGUUUGAAACCUCAAGAAGAAAAGAACGAAGAAGAAAGAUCUAAAGUAGAUGAUCUGAGAGGAACUCCUAUGUCUGUUGGCACUUUGGAAGAAAUUAUUGACGAUAAUCAUGCUAUUGUUUCUACUUCGGUUGGUUCAGAACAUUAUGUUUCCAUUCUUUCUUUUGUUGAUAAGGAUCAGCUAGAGCCGGGAUGUUCAGUCUUAUUAAAUCAUAAGGUUCAUGCUGUAGUUGGAGUUUUAGGUGACGAUACAGAUCCAAUGGUAACUGUAAUGAAAUUAGAAAAGGCGCCCCAAGAAACUUAUGCUGAUAUUGGUGGUCUGGAGGUUCAAAUCCAAGAAAUUAAAGAAUCUGUUGAACUUCCAAUGACUCAUCCAGAAUAUUAUGAAGAAAUGGGUAUAAAACCACCGAAAGGAGUUAUUUUGUACGGUCCACCUGGAACUGGAAAGACGUUAUUGGCCAAGGCAGUUGCUAAUCAGACUUCGGCAACUUUUCUUAGAGUUGUAGGAUCAGAACUUAUUCAAAAGUAUUUGGGAGAUGGUCCAAAACUUGUUAGAGAAUUGUUUCGCGUAGCAGAGGAGCAUGCUCCUUCGAUUGUAUUUAUUGAUGAAAUCGAUGCUGUUGGUACAAAGCGAUAUGAUAGUAAUAGUGGUGGAGAAAGGGAGAUUCAAAGAACUAUGCUCGAACUUUUAAAUCAACUAGAUGGAUUUGAUAGUAGGGGAGAUGUUAAAGUGGUUAUGGCAACUAAUAGAAUUGAAACAUUAGAUCCUGCUUUAAUUAGACCUGGUCGUAUUGAUAGAAAAAUAGAAUUUCCAUUACCAGAUGAGAAAACCAAAAAGAGAAUCUUUAGUAUACACACUAGUAGAAUGACUUUAGCACCUGAUGUUAAUCUUACUGAAUUAAUAAUGGCUAAGGAUGACCUGUCAGGUGCAGAUAUUAAGGCAGUAUGUACAGAAGCUGGUUUAAUGGCAUUAAGAGAACGUCGUAUGAAAGUCACUAGCGAAGACUUUAAGAAGUCAAAGGAAAGCGUGUUAUAUAGGAAAAAAGAAGGUUCUCCAGAAGGUUUAUAUUUAUAAAAAAUAUAAUUUUGUAUUUUUUAUUCACUAGGUUUCAUUUUUCAA